AUGAGUCCCAUGAAGCUCCGAGAGACAAUCCGCGUGCCGGUACGAUAUGGCGAGACCGACUUUGAUAUGAAAGAUCAAGGCUCUCUUCGCCCUGGAGAUGGAGAAGCCGAUGAUGAAGAUUGGACUGAGCCUGGGGUUUCAGCCAGACCUCGUUCUCAUAAGAGGCACAAGCCAAACACUGUACCGUACAACCCAAACUUACCACCUGCUGCAUUCCCUUCAAUCAACAUACCACACGCUGGUCCUGCGCCGAACACGCCCGAGCCACAAUCCAGAGUCCAAAGCCGCUCCAAGCGCAAGCGAACUAGGGAGAAUUGUACCGAAUCACGCCCAGUGACAUUGCCCAUCCGCGGUGCUGAUGCGAGAGACACUUCUUCAAUGAGCCCUAGUGAAUCGGAGGGGGUUCCGAUGGACCAGCUUGAAAACCAUAUCGCUAGCAACAACAUGGACAACCCAACGUAUGCGAGAAACGUGAGAUUUGCUCGUGAUGCGCCAUCGAGUUCCGAGGAGUUGACAACUCGCCUGGAUAGCGAUGAUGAGUUGCCAGACGCAACUCAAGUGCUUCUUGAGAAGAUCCCCAAUCCAGAGUGGAAGGAUCUCCACCCAGCUAUUCAAGUGGAGUUGUUUGAGAACAUGAUGGACGACUAUAACCACUAUGCUCUCCUUCGUGUGCUUGGUAUCGGGAAACAAGAAUACGAUAAGCUCAUGGAGUUCAGGUUGAUCCGAAACAAACAAAUCCUGCGAGAGAACGAACGGCUUGAGGUUAUGCGAGCCAAACAACGCAACGCCCUCAUGGCAAUUGACAAUAGUGAUCUGAAGAUGUUUGUGCCACCUCCUCAUCUGGUGCUCAAGAGAAUCGCUCGGGAAACCAACAAGUCGCUGAUUAAAAAAAGCAAAUACACGGACCUGAUGAUGUGCCAAUCGCACGACCUCCUCAAGGCCAGACAGUAUUUGCACAAACGUGGCCUGCCUCGUCGCUAUGCCGGGGACUGGGGGGACAGCUUGGUGGUGAUGCAGGAAUCUGAAGAGGAUGGACCUGACCCCGACAAGUUCGAAUGGAAUGAAGAAUUGAACUUCACGCCACCUACACCUCCACAAGACCCUGCCCAGGAACAGACCCACCAGGACAACCUGAGAUUUGUCAACAGUUUUGGCCGAGGGUUCGUGGACCCUUCGGUUCUAGUCAAAAGAAGCACUGAUCAAGAGCCCGUCGUGGACUGGGGAAAUCACUUUGAAAGGCGAAACGGUGACUCGUUCGACACUCAGAGACCUCGCAGCAAGAUCGUCAAGUUGAAGAUAGGGCGGGAGAAUGCAGCGUUAAUAUGGCAUUACGAAAGAACCGGUAUCAUGCCCCGAAGAGUCGGUACCCAUGGCCCGUUGAGACAACCUCUUGUAUCUCAGACUGCGGUGCCUGGAGGCCAUACAUCUCAGUUUGUCAUGCCUCGGGUGACCAUGCCUCCCGUUGCUAUGACUCAAGGUUCAAUGAUGCGAUUCGCUAUGCCCCAUAGUGCUGUGGUUGAGGGUACCUUGCCCCGAUUCGCUGCUCCUUCUGGCCUUGUGCCCUCGGGUAACACGGUCCAAGGCAUGGGUCGCCUUUUCAGCUCCUCUUCUGAAUUUGGCCCUUUAAGUAACAUGCUGCUGCCGCCAAGACGAGUGAUUUUCCAAACAGAUGGACGGCAGGGGGCUAUGCCCAGUGAUUUUUCACCAAUUGGCUAUGCCAAUGGUACCGUUAUCCGUCGUUACAUCCCCUCGCCUGUGAACCAACAGCCUGCUAGACCAAUAAGUCGGCGCAUUGAUACUGAAUAUCGUCCACAAAACAUGGACUAUGCCCAAAGCCAUGCCAGAUAUCGACGUCACCUGAUGAGAGCCCACCAAGAAUACCUAGAAAGACUGACAGACAUCCAGCGCGGACGGCAGAUGAACCCAAUGCUAACUGUGCAGGGAAGCAGUGUUGCUGCUAGAGGCCUCCUAUCUCAAGGGAUCAUCCAGAAUCCCAGCAAGGAAGGCAGUGGACCCCGGUCUCAGGGAACUUUCUCUUGGGACGAACACGAGAAGUCAAUGAGUGGGCCGCAUGAGGAACUUAUGAAGGAGGCUAUCAACCCCGAGACCCCCAUUGAUGAUGCCAAAAACGCCAAAUAG